CAUCUUUCCGCUUCCACCUCCCGAUCGCCACCACGACUUCACUUUCAGUCCUUUACUGUAAUUUUGAGUGAGAAGCAAGAGAGAAUAUGGAAAUGAUCAAUGUUGGGCCAGUUGGAAGCCUUAAAGGAUCCAUAUGGGAAGAAAAUGGACGAGGCGAAGUUGCUGGGAUUUUUGUUUCCUACACCAAAAACACAAUUCAGUCGCUUCAGUUCCUGUUCUAUGAGGAUGGCAACUUUGUUCAGUCAAAUAAGCAUGGCUGCGCCAACUCUGAAAACUUCUCUGCAGUUGUGCUUGAUUAUCCAUCAGAGUUUCUUACUUCGCUUAGCGGUUCCUAUCAGAAUUACGGAGGUUUGGAAGCUAUUAAAUUUAACACCAACAAGGGUUCCUAUGGACCAUUUGGGCAGCCUACAAGUCGUGCCAAUCAAUUCAACUUUCAGUUAGGAAAUCAUAGUCUUUUUGGUGGUUUUCAUGGCACCGAGAGUGAUUAUGCCGUUGAGAGUAUUGGGAUCUAUGUUAAGCCAGUCGUAUCCUCCAUGAUCAACUUGAAAGAUCUUCGAGUGAAGGAUGAAAAAUGAUCAUAGUUCGUCUUAUUUUACUCUAUGCUUGCUGCUUGCUGCUUGCUGCUUGAUUAUUAUGUAAGGUUUAUCAUUUAUGCUUUGUAUUGUAAAAAGAAGUUCCUCCACGAGGUAGUGGUAAGGUCUUCUUACAUUCUACUCUUUCCAGACUCCACUUAGUGGAUUUUACUGGGUAUGUUGUUGUUGUUGUUGUAAAAUGUUAAAUCCCCGUUUGCUAUGACAUUGAGGUAAAUCA